AUCUCCCUGAGGAAGAGCAGUACAGCUGAAAGUCAAAAUGUCCAAACAGCCGCAGCCGAUCAGCCCGCUGAAGAACUUCUUCGCUGGAGGCUUCGGAGGAAUUUGUCUCGUCUUCACUGGACACCCGCUGGACACCAUUAAAGUGCGUUUACAGACUCAACCCAAACCCAAACCAGGAGAGAGCCUCCUGUACACCGGAACCAUCGACUGUUUUAAAAAGACUUUAGCCAAAGAGGGAGUGAAAGGACUCUACAAAGGAAUGGCAGCACCAAUAAUCGGAGUUACACCAAUGUUUGCCGUCUGUUUCUUUGGGUUCGGGCUGGGCAAGAAGCUACAACAGAGAACUCCUGAUGAUAUCCUUACGUAUCCACAGCUGUUUGCUGCUGGGAUGUUGUCUGGUGUCUUCACCACGGCUAUCAUGGCUCCUGGAGAGCGAAUCAAAUGUCUCCUGCAGAUUCAGGCAACCACAGGAGAGGUGAAGUAUGCAGGACCGAUGGACUGUGUCAAACAGCUGUACAGACAGGCUGGGAUCAGAGGGAUCUACAAAGGCACAGCUCUCACCCUCAUGAGAGAUGUUCCAGCCAGCGGGAUGUACUUCACGUCUUACGAGUGGUUAAAGAACCUCCUCACCCCAGCAGGAAAAAGCCACAACGAACUCAGUGUUCCCAGUGUGCUGUUCGCUGGAGGAAUGGCUGGAAUCUUUAACUGGGCCGUCGCAAUUCCACCCGACGUACUCAAGUCUCGUUUCCAAACAGCUCCUGAGGGAAAAUACCCCAACGGUUUCCGGGACGUUCUGCGGGAGCUGAUCAGGGAGGAGGGCGUGGGCUCCCUGUAUAAAGGCUUCAACGCCGUCAUGCUUAGAGCUUUUCCUGCAAACGCAGCUUGUUUCUUAGGAUUUGAGCUUGCAAUGAAAUUCCUGAACUGGAUAGCACCGAACCUGUGAUGGAGGCUCAGUGUCACCUCGCUGUCAAUCCCCGGAACAGACACACACACACACACACACACACACAGACACACACAGACACACACACACACACAGACACACACACACACACACACACACACACACACACACACACACACACACACACACACACACACACACACACACACACACACAGAA